AUGUCAGUAAAAUAUAGUUACCCUUGCAGAAAAAAGUACUCUUUCGUACUUUUAUUAAUAUUAUAUGCAGUAUAUUUGUCUGUCUGUUAUCCAACAGUUGAAGUUGGGAUUAUUGACAAAUAUAUUAAUAGAUACUUGGAGCAUACUUUGAUUGACAAAGAUUUAAUUGAGGACUCUAGACAUGCAAAUGAUUACGAAAUGAAAGAUAAUUUUAUAUAUAAAGAUGGACUUCAAGAUUAUUCUGAUAUCAAUAAUGUUGUAGGAUGGGAUAUAGGGCAUCUUUAUUGGUACUCAAUUCGUAUGGAUAAUAUAUUACAGCAGCUAGCUGGUACAAGAGAUAAAUUAAUUGAUUUAGUUGAGUAUUUGGAAGAGAGUAAAAAAACCGAAGAGUUAAAUAUUGAAGAAUAUUUUUAUAAGAGUUUAUCAAAAUAUAAUGGUCAGAUAUAUGAUGGAAAUAGAGAUUUAGACUGGAGGAGAUCUAUUUUUUUAAAUAAACAGAUUGAAACACUUCAAUAUAGAUUACGUUUCCUAAGUAAUAGUAUGAAUAAAAAAGAAUUUCAAGGAAAUUUUUUGAGGUUAGAUGAUGAAAUUACUGCAUAUUAUAAACUUUUGAAUGAAGAAAGUAGUACUAACAGUAUAAAUUCACCGAGUUUAAAAAAAAUAGAUAUAUCAAAGGGUUUUUUAAUGUCGCAGGAAAUAUUAAAUGAAGCAAAAAUAAUAAAUCGAAAUAGAAAUAAUCAAAAUAAAUAUGAAACAACUUUGGAAGGCCUUUUGUUUAUAGGAUCACCGGUAGUAUCAAUGGACUUUAACAGAUUGGUACUUGUUGAUAAGAUAGUAUACCGGAUGAAACCAAAAAAUUAUAUCCAUAAGAUAUAUUAUUCAACUCUUAAAAAAGUAUAUCCAAAGUGUGAAAUACGCUGUAUUUUACGAGAUCUGAAAAAUCGUUUACAAUGGAAGGAAUGUAUCAUAAAAGAUAAUAUAUUUAAUCUGAACUUCUCUUCAGUAAAGUCAUAUAAAGUAUGCGAUAAAAUUCUUUUUCAUAAUUGUGUCGGUUUAGAGAUAAAAGAAAUAUAUUUGACAGUUUUAAAGGAUUAUGAGAAAGCAAUAGCUUUAUGGGAACCACCAAAAAAAUUAGUUCAGCUGUUCGAAGUUCAAAUGCAAAGUAAUAAUGAUAAUGAAGAUCAAUCGACAAGUAGGUAUAUUACUAAGAUGAAUCUAAGUACAUCUAUUGCUAUCCAUGAACUUCUUGAAAAAAGUGCAUAUUUAAUAAAAAGGGAUAAAAAAACAAAUUCACUAAAUAUUUCAUUGAUAAAGGCAUCCACACUAUCGAAGGAAUUUUACACACUAAAAGAAAUUGUUUCAAAUCCAAAUCUAAGACUAAAACUUAAUAACAAAAGAAAAGUAACAAAUAGAGAUGAUAUAUCUAGUAUCGAUGACAGAAGAAUUAAAAUAUCUUUGGAUAAUAAUAGUGAUAAUCAAGAUUUUAUGAGUAUUGAACAACUAAUUGGCAUAUUAAGACAAGCAAUAGAGUGUUUUAGAUACAGUUCCGAAGUGUCAUGCAAAAAUAAAUUAAGUCAAUAUUUUGUUCUUUCGAUUAUAGAUAAUAGAGUCCGUAGUUUUUGGUAUGAAAUGUUAAUAAAUGAAUAUAAGCAAUUUUUGAACUUGCGCCAUUUCACUUACUAUAUCUCUGCUGAAGAAUUAAUUAAACUAGAAUUAUUCUACAGUCUUUCUUUAAUUAGCAAUGUAGAAAGUGCCGAAAAUGAAGACAAAGAAAUAUACUAUGAUUUUUUAGGUAACAAUCACAAUAUAGAUUUAAACAUAAAUCAAGUAGGUAAAUGUAAAGAGAUACCAAAUCAUACUUUCUUAAAUUCAGAUUUCAGAGUUUUAGAAGAGAUAAAUAUAAAAGAGGACAUAUAUACAUAUCAAAAUAAUAUAGAAAAUUUUGGGAAAAUUACAUCAUUUAUCCAUUAUUAUCACCAACUUGCUUCAGAUCUUGAUCAUAAUACUAUAUCUUCCCCUCCAUGGUGGAUGACAUGGCAAUAUAAUGUUUAUCCAAGUAUAUUAACUCAUAAAGAUCCAAAUAAUCUAUUGGAAAAUAAUGAAUAUAACACAUGGUUAGAACUUCCUGUUCAUUCAGACUUUCAAAUUCAUUCCUUUGAUUCUUAUUCAAUUAUACCCAGUGAUAUUUUAUCAUAUGAUAUACUCAAAUAUAUUUUUAUGGAAGAAACUGAAUUGAAAACUUCAGUAAAUGACCAAGCUAGCAAAAAAACGUGUGCUAAUACUUCAUAUGAUAUAACUACUUUUAUUAAGGCAAAGCAAAUGAAAAAAAUUGAGUAUUGGGCUAAAUUAGAUAUAAUGAAUAGUGAAUUCUCGAAUUAUCAAAAUGUUUAUGAAAGUUAUGAAGAAAAUAAUCCAUGUCUAUCUAAUUAUUUUAAUGAAAACCUAUCAUUACUCUGGAAAGAAAAUUGUAUUAAAAAGUGGGAACUAUAUAUUAUGCUAAACAAGGAAUUUCAUGUUCAGUACAAAUCAAUCUAUUUUAUAGAAUAUUUUACAGAUAUAUUAGAUGAUAUGGUCAGUGCUUAUAGGUAUGAGAAAAUGUCAAAAAUGAUUAAACAAUAA